UUUUCAGCUGUGAUAUCAAUAGGCUGAUUUUCAGUAAAUGUGACAAGUGGCCUUUGCAGUGGUCAGCUUCAAGCUUCGAACACUCCGAGGAGGAGGAAAAAAAAAAAAAACCUUGUGUUGCAGUUUCGGAAAACCUUGGAUGAGGACAUUUUUUUCCCCACUCCUGCUUUCCCUAUUGAUAAACUCAGUUCUCCUGAUCACGGUCUAUUCAAGCUGCUUCCCAUCUGAUUUUUGACAACUGCUUCUAAAAAAAAUAUCAAGAAGACCAAGAAUAGAAUUUAUCUCCAUCGCUUUACAUAAAAAUGGCUGGGUGCAUUGCCAUGCUAACACUGCACUAAGUGAUACACGCAGAUGACAGUCAUGUCCCAUUCAAAGGAUCUCAAGGACGACUUCCACAGUGACACUGUACUUUCCAUUUUAAAUGAACAGCGCAUUAGGGGUAUUUUAUGUGAUGUCACCAUCAUUGUGGAAGACACCAAAUUUAAAGCCCACAGUAAUGUGCUGGCAGCUUCAAGCCUUUACUUUAAAAACAUUUUUUGGAGUCGUACUAUCUGUAUUUCAGGUCAUGUACUGGAGCUAGAUGAUCUCAAAGCUGAAGUGUUUACGGAAAUACUGAACUACAUCUACAGUUCCACAGUAGUUGUUAAGAGGCAGGAGACUGUAACAGACCUUGCAGCUGCAGGGAAAAAAUUGGGAAUAUCAUUUCUUGAAGAUCUUACAGAUAUUAAUUUUUCAAGCUCCCCCUGCCCCUAUGCAUACUGUAUCAAUGAGAAAGGGACUGUUAAAGAGGAAAAACAUGAAAAGAGACACGAAGAACCUGCUGUGACAAAUGGACCACGAAUUACAAAUGCAUUCUCAAUUUUUGAAACUGAAAGCAGUUUGUUUUCUCCACUUGAUUUGAGGGCAAGCUUUAAAAAGGCAUCUGAGACAAUACAAACACCCAACGUCAGCCUCGACAGAAGCGACGCUUGCAAAGAUGCCGAGCCAGCCAGUACACUGGCAGAGCACUCCUACGCAGUUUCUUCGGGGGGAGAUACUUUUCAAGGAACACCGUGUUUUGAACAGGACAGCAGCCCUUCAUACAAGGCAGUUGAAGACCACUAUGAAAACCACCAAGCAACACCACUCAUUCAGCCAGUAAAACAAGCAUGCAGUACUCCUAAGGCAGCUUUCAAGUCCCAGGGGACUGGUUUGGCUGUAGCAAAAGCACCGGCCUCUACAGUGACCAAUGCAGAAACCCCACGUGAAGCAGUUAGUGAUCAGAGAAAUGUUUCCUUUCCAAAACCUCAGAAUAAAGCAGGAGAUUUCCAUUUGCCCAGAGAAGAGGAAAACAAAUCUGCUAAUAUCUCUGGAUCUGCAGCAAGUGUUGUUCCACCUGCUUACAACUGUAACUGCUGCGCGAAAUCAUUCAGUGACAGGGCGUUACUCAGUACUCAUCUUCAGCUCCACUCAGAGCAUCAGGAAACUUUCGUAUGCAAAUACUGCAGCAAACAAUUUGCAAAUAUAAAUAUACUGGAAAGUCAUGAACAAGUCUGUAUGAGAUCAAGUACCUUAUCUGUUCAUAAUGGAAAUGAACAAAAUUUUUCAGAUAACUAUACUGCCACGGAUGGAAGGAAUGGAAGUUCAUAUGCAAACGCAGAGCCCCUAUUGUCUGAAAACAGCAUCACUGAUUAUUCUAAUGCAAACUGCACUUUACCAGAAACAGAUCAUUUGGUUAAAGUUGUUGAUGGGCAGAUAUUAUAUACUUGUAUAGUUUGCAAACGUAGUUAUGUUACAUUGUCAAGCCUUCGAAGACACGCAAAUGUGCAUUCCUGGAGAAGAACAUACCCUUGUCACUACUGCAACAAAGUAUUUGCAUUAGCUGAGUAUCGCACCAGGCACGAGAUCUGGCACACCGGAGAAAGACGCUAUCAGUGCAUUUUCUGCCUGGAGACUUUUAUGACUUACUAUAUUCUAAAAAAUCAUCAGAAAUCAUUCCAUGCAAUUGACCAUCGUCUCUCAGUAAAUAAGAAGACAGCCAAUGGAGGCUUAAAACCAAGCAUGUACCCGUACAAACUUUAUCGUCUUCUACCUAUGAAAUGCAGGCGACUACCUUAUAAGUCCUACCGAAAUUCUGCAUAUGAAAAUGUUCAGACAAGUAGCCAAGCUAAUGAAACUGCUUCUAGUAACUGCUUCAUUCAGAGCUCUCUUAGCUCUGAGCUACCAUCACUGAAUUUUCAAAGUAGUAUUCUAACAAACAACAGAACUCUUGCCCUGGACACCUCUUCAUGUAAUGAUGCAGCAUCUUCCACAAAUACUCAGAAUUCUUCCUCUUGGGGAGUAGGUAUCUUAAAUUCUGACCUGCAAAGAGACUUUUUCACAGCUGACAAAAGAGUUCCCACUGCCGCAAAUGACUCUAGUUCUCGUGAGUAUGAUUCCUCAAUUGUGUCUUUAACUAAUGUGAAUGAAAAUUCAACCUCUGUAAUCAGUUACAGCAGUUCUGCACCCUCUGUUAUAAUGCACAGUAGCAGAGUGUCAUCGGUAAUAAUGCACAGUAAAACAGUCACUUCUGUAGAAAACAGUAAGACAGAAUCAUCUGGUAAUCUACCUAGUCAAUCUGUAAGUGAUGACAAUAAAUAUGGGUCAGAUAAUUAUGGAAAAUGCAUUACCAAACCAAAAACUAUUAAGGAGAAAAAGAAAACACUGCAAUGCACCAGAGCAGAAGCAACUGAGGAUACGCAGCACAUCCAAGGAUCUGGAGGUUCAUCUAGCAAAAUCACUAAUACUGUUCAAGAAUCAAGUAAAACUGAAACUUACAUUGCAAAGCCUGCCUUACCUGGAACAUCUACUGACAGCAAUGUUGCUCCUCUUUGCCAAAUAACAGUAAAAAUUGGUAACGAGGCUAUUGUAAAAAGGCAUAUAUUAGGAUCUAAGCUGUUUUGUAAAAGGGGCCGCAAAUCUAAACACGAGUCCAAACAGGACAAUCUAAUUGAGGAAUCAGAAAUGGAGGUAAAGGAAAGAAGCCCAUCUAGGCUCUAUAGCUCAGAGUGCCUGGAGCUGACAGAAAUGUGCGAUGAUGUAAGUGAUCAGGACUCCAGUGAUAAGCCCUGGAGACCGUAUUACAAUUACAAACCAAAAAAGAAAUCUAAACAGCUAAGAAAAAUCAAAAAGACCAAAUGGAGGAAAAAGCAUGGAAACAGAAACACCGUUAUGGAAAGUCACAGUACGUGCAGUCGAGAGUAUGCACUCAGGAAUGCUCCUGAAGAAAAGGCUGUCAGUCAAGAAGAGAAUACAGAAAUGCCCAGUCUUCACUGUGAGCUCUGUGAAAGAGAUAAAUCUUCCACCGCAGAAAUUCAAGACCAUGUACACUGGCAUGUAGCUACUUCAAAGCCUUACAUUUGUGAAUUAUGCCAAAAACAAUUUCAAAGUCCAUCCACCUUAAAAAUGCAUAUGAGAUGUCACACUGGGGAAAAGCCCUACACCUGCAAAACCUGUGGGAAAUGUUUUUCAGUUCCUGGAAAUCUACAGAAACAUGAACGUAUUCACUUAGGUGUCAAAGACUUUGUCUGCCAAUACUGUAAUAAGGCAUUCACUUUAAAUGAAACGCUCAAAAUACAUGAAAGAAUUCAUACUGGAGAAAAACGCUACCAUUGUCAGUUCUGCUUACAGAGUUUCCUGUACCUUUCUACCAAAAGGAACCAUGAGCAACGGCAUGUGCGUGAGCAUAAUGGAAAAGGAUACGCUUGCUUUCAGUGCCCCAAAAUUUGCAAGACGGCAGCUGCCCUGGGAAUGCACCAGAAGAAACAUCUAUUCAAAAGUGCAGGUCCACAAGAUAGAAAAGAACAGUUUUGCAGUGAAAGUGCUCAGCUGUUGGAAAAUCAACGUUUCCUUGGCCCAGAAGGAAGCGAAGUGAAAAAUAUACAGAAUGUAACUCCAGAAGUAAUACUCUGAGUGGCAGUUGUGCGAAAGAGAAGAAAGAUGCAAAAUUAUAUAUAUUGGAGAAAAUGUAGAUGCAUUGAAUGGGAAAAUUCCACUCUAAUUAGUAUCAUUUACUAAGAUAGCGUCUUCAUUUAAAUGUAUGUUGGUAUAUGCAAAAGGAGGAAAAUAUAUAAUACUGAAAACAGUAACUAGUAUUUGCAAUAAUACAAACUUCACAUGAAAGACCCCAAAUACUUUCACCACAAUAGACUUCUAACAUACAUACAGAGAGAAAGAAGAAAAAAUUCUGACCAACCAACCCCCUUCUAGUUAGUGUUACAAGAAACUAGCCACUGAACUAUUUUACAGUGCAGAAUCAUUAGGUUCAAAGUAUAUUCUAUAGAAGGAAUUUUUGCUGCAGAAACCGUGUAUUGCAAUUGUUUAAACAAAAAUUACUGUGUUUAUAAAAGAAAAUGUGACUUAGUGUAUUCUGAAGUGAAGGUAGGAAACGUUUCUUGAAUUUGCGUAUGCCGAAGUACAGUUGAGUUCUGGAGUGCUUUUCUGUAACUCAACAUUUACCAAACAUAUGCAGAAGCAUAAACCUCUUUUCCUUUCCAGAUUGUUUUGUAGUUAACCCUAAUAAGCAUUAAGUCUCUGAGAGCUUGUACGGAAAGUAUUCCAGAUGUAUGAUAUCUCUGAGACAUGUAAUAAAGAUUCAGUGGAACACAUGAUAGCUGGUCUUCCAAAUGGCAAAAAUUCCAAAAGAUUCAACUGUCAGGGGCCUGGUAGAGCUUUUCAGUUGCCUCUGUCUAAAGAAAAUUGUUCUUCUGAAACAGCCUAGAUUAAGGAACUCGUGAAUAUAAACUUCCACCUCCCGGUGAGUCUGCAACUCCUGUCUUUCAGAAAUACUGUUCUUCUCAGCAGAAGAAGAUUUAGAAGAAGAUUCAGAGUCUUCCUCUACAUCUUGGAAUAAUGUCUGGACAACAAAUGACAGAGCAACUCCCAAUAAGUCAUUUGAUUUUGGGAGGAAUAGGUAAACAUUCAGAUUCCUGCUUCCACAUGUAUCCCUGAGGCAGUUCCUAUAUAUAAAAAGGGAUUGGGACAGUUUGUGGGGUUCCUUGUCAUCCCCAUGCCUUAAAUGCAACAUCUAACUUCAUAUAUCCCUUCUCAGCGAUCCCAGUAAAGAUCCCAGCAUCUCGCCCCAGGCAAGCUUUGUCACGGUGUCCCUUGUCCCAACACAGUGGGCCCAGAGAGGUGCCUGCAUCAAGGUUGAUGGAGGAAGAAGUGUUUCUGCCUCCCUCAUCCUGCCAUCCCAGAAGGUUAUGGGGAGCCUUCCAGCUUCUUGUUUUGCAUUCACCGAGAAUCAGAUGGGUAGGCUUCCAGAAAACGUCACCAAAAUAAACCUUACAGUUAAUACUAUUUUGUGAAAAUGUGAUUAAUUUUAACUGAGAUUAAGAGGUUUUAAAAAAGUUAACAAGGGUAUAUGUCUACAAGUUGCAUAUUAGAUGAUAGGGCUCUUUUGUAAGGUAUUUCCAAUUAGUCAUGUACAUUCAUCUUUACAAAGUGUUUAAAACUUAAACCAGGACAAAGGUUAGUGAAUCUCAACUUAAUUCUAUGUGCAAAUAUGGUAUAUGAUUUGUUUACUUUGUUUUCUUGAAUAUUCUAAAAAAAACUAUAGCUUGGGUAUGAUAAAACUACAAUUGAAAUGAUACUACAGUAUUGAUUGAAGUAAUAAUAUAGUCCACUUAUUUAUUCUGUCAUUGGUGAAUGCUGUGAACCCUUUGAGAACUGUUUGGUUUCAUGGCAGCUUUGGUUCCACUUAAAUAAGGAUAACAGAAGAAUAAACACAGGAAAGUACAAUGAUGUUUCAAAGAAAGUACACGAAGAUAUUUUCUAAGUGGACUUGUAUGAUGAUAAUUAUAGACCAAAGCAAAUAAGGUAGAAUAUUUAUACAUAUAAAGAUAAUUUUACAAAUAUUUUAUAUAACUGUAUAGUUCAUAAGAAAAAUAUUGAUAGCUUGUGUUAGGUCUGGGGGGGUUUGUAUAUUUUGAUAAAAACACAAUGACUUUGUAACUCUGUAUAUUCUCUACAAUUUAUAGCAAAGCAGUUUUAAGAUGGCUAUGUCAUGUUUAUAGUUCAAUUGUGGCACUUUUACUACAAGUAACACGUUGCAGUAAUGAGUCUAGUAUUAAUGACCAAAUUAGAAUUAAAAUAAGUGUAACAGAAGGUAAAUACUGUACGUUGUCAAAGACUGUAAUUUGCUGCAUCUGUAUUUUUGUUUAGAAGAAAAUAUUAAAUGCAGAUGUUAAGGAUUGAUAAAGAGUCAAAUUUUAUUUUUAGAAAGAGUAAUUAUAACUGAUUUUGCUUGAUUAAAAUAACCUCUUCCUA